CCGGAGCCGUUCACAUCGCGUCUAACCGUUCCUCUCGACAGGGUGAAGAGUUCAAGUCAGGUCCUCCCAAGGUGUUGCCCAGGUCUUGUCCAAAGUGAAUUCCGAAUCCGAAUUGAUUUUGAGGUUUUCGAGCUGCCGGGUAAUUAGUUUUCUGUUGUGCUAAUAGUGAGCUGUUCCUGUGCCCUCACUUGGUGGUUUCCGGUUGAGUGACUGCUAAAACUCGGGUUUUCAACAGUUAGUGGACUAUUCGCUGUAGUGCAACAGAGUUCACACACCGUUAAUUACGUCAAAUCGCCCUUUUAAGCACACACGUAAACCGCCAGCCAACCCACACGAUGGUGUCCCCCAGUGCGUCGACGUCCUUAUCGACGACAUCCUCCCGGCAGACGGUGCUGGCGCUCGUCCUGGUGCUGCUGUGUGUGGUCAAACUGACCAGCGGACGACCACAAAAUGCAAUUGACAACCAGGAUGCCCCCGAGGUGAACCUGAACGAGCUGCGGAAAAUGUACAGCAACUACAACCCGUACGUUUCGAACCAGCUGGACGACUACGGUCUGGACCGGUUACAGCUGCAGCUGCUGGCCCAGUACGCGCAGAACAAUGCCAUCGGCGGCGGCGGUGGAUGGGACCAGCUGUACCGUGCACCGGAGAUGAAGCGCCAGAUCCGGUACCGCCAGUGCUACUUCAACCCGAUCUCGUGCUUCAAGAAGUAAGGCGUCUCCCUCCGCACCACACACCACAGAAUGUUAACUUGAAUGCAAGAAACCUCAAGUUGUUAAUACCUCCCCCAUUCCCAACUGUCCCCCUCAAGUUCGUUGUAAGAACACAACUGUUUGUAUUUAUGAAUGAAACCACUCUGAAGACAGUGAGUUUAAUCGCUAUGGUCCUACCAUCGGUACUACUAAGGGAAAAGUUAAGAGCUACUCGUUAGUACUACGGAGUAGGACGUAGAACAGGCCCCCAUUACACAAAAGCACAUAUAUGACAAUUUCUGUAGAAGAUACCAACAAAAAAAGCCAACAAAUCGACUUUUAUCUAGUGUUUAAGGAGGAUCUGCGACCAACAACACCUUCAAUCACACACACAACCAUCACAUCUUCUCCAGCAAGACCGGAAGUGAAUGAAAUUUUGCUUUGAUUUUCGCUAAGUAAGUCAUCUUACCAGAAAAGACAGGAAAAACUAAAUAAAUAUUAUAAAACCAAACGCUAGUGAGUGCAAUACCCGGAGGCGAUUUGCCCGUUUCUCUUUGGAAAGCAAAAAAGAAGAUUGAGGAAGUUAAUCAAACUAGUCAGCGCUAUAACUAAAUUAUUUGUAAAUUUAUUGGAAAUACACUGUGAGAUAAUACAAUUAAAAGACCCCAACUGUGUCAUAAUGGUUACUAUUUUGCAACACGCUACUGUAUUUACUUGAGACGAAUAAAACUUGUAGAAAUCAUGAUGAAAUGAUUAAAUAAACCAUAAUUCUUUUGUUAGCAACUCAAACCCACUGAACAAACACAACAGGUAGUGGCGUAACAGAGUUACUAAAUCAUCUAAAGGGAGGUUCGAAUUACGACUGGUCUGGAAGAAUCCUAUUAAUCACUAAGGGCCAAUCCCUCCUCCCAACAGACAGACAAAAGAUGUCAUCUUUAUCGCCUCGCCAAUUCGGUUUCCUUUUUCCCCACUGCACCCUGCAAAAGGUGUGACUAUCAGGUGUCGUCACGACGUCACCCCAAAGCGUAAUUAAGCAUAGUGAAACACCUUGCUGAGCAAGAGUUCGCACCAAGAAGAAAUAGUUAAUCAUCUGAGGGACUCGAUCCGAUAAUUUGGUGAUUGCUGGUCUGGAAAUGGGAAACACAACGAUAAGGUGACAAAUGUAGAAAAGCGACGGAAAAUUUGAUGAAUAUUACGUACCAUUGCAUAUAUAUGCAAACUCGCACACUUAUACAGCCAAACACAUAUAAUAGAUGGAAUUGUUACCCACGCAACUUUCCCAGUAUUUGUAUAAUAUGAUGUAAGAGCAUCUGUGAGAUUGAACUCUUUGUGUUUAAUAAAAUGUGGCAGCUACUGUUUUACUUUCACGAUG